AUGGAUCAACUCACCCGUCAUCUACUCGAUAAAGAAGUCAAGGAGUUCAUUGACUCGAUUGACCCAUCUUUGGUCUGCAAGCUAGCUUCUUCCUUACAUCCUGAGAAGAAGCCAUGCCAGAUCUUCUCAGACACGAAAAGAGGGAGCUAUAAUAUCUGCUUCCCAGUUGAGUUCACAGACCAUGAGUCAGCUCAGCGCCCUGAGCAAUGGAUGAUCCGAAUCCCCCUGCUCCCCCGACUCGCGUUUCCUGAGGAGAAAAAUGCGAAGUAUAUCGCGGAGAAAACCACCAUUCCUAUCCCACGCAUAUUCGGAUAUACCAUUACGCGAGAUAACCUUCUUGGUCUCCCCUUCCUGGCUCUGGAGUACAUUACAGGCAAAACCCUCCAUGGAACUGAUGUACCGCGUUUGUCAAAGGAGCUUAGGUCUCAUCUGUUUGGUCAGCUUUCUGAGAUCUACAUUCAGCUUUAUCGCCAGCAAUUCAGUCAAAUCGGCGCGCUCACCCUUGAUAGCAAUGAUGAGAACUCCACUGUUGAUUAUGCUUACACUGUCUUGAAAUUGGUUUUCAAUGACUUUUACAGGGGAAAAGAUAGUGUUUCUGGUGAGAAGGAUGCAUGGAACUACCUAUAUGGCAUAUUUGCAUCCCAGGGCAUUGUGAUGGAAUGGGUAGACCAAGCAUAUAACCAUGGACCUUUCAUUCUCAUGCAUGGAGACCUUCGACCUCCUAACAUCUUUGUGGAUGAGAAUUUGAAUAUUGUUUCAGUCAUUGACUGGGAAUGGAGUCAUACUGUUCCAUCACAAAUGUUCCUACCCCCCUCCUGGAUUACAGGCCAGGAGCUUCUAAAUGCCACUAAAUGGCCAGACCAUUUGGCAUUUAAAUCAGAUGUUUUCCAAUUCUGGGCAGAUGCCAGAGAGUGGGAAGACAGACAUCAUAAUCCAGACAAAAAAAUAUCAGCUCUGCUCCCUCUGACUACUCUCUGGACCGAACUUCUGUUGUCAGAUACAGUGUUUAUUGCCUAUGCACUUCUAAAACCAUGCUACCUUGGGAAUGUUUACUGGAAUUUGCUUGACAAUACAUAUUAUGGAAACAACCCUGACAAGAGAGUGGAGAGUUUCUUUGAGCUCAAAUUGCGGAGGCCACAAGAAAAGGAAUUGCAGAGAGUACUAUCUGAUCUUGAGACCUUUAGGAAGGAUCUAGCACUGGUAGGAUUGGAUCCAGAAUUUCUCGAGCCCCCGACGCCUCAGCCAGCCAAACCAAACGAAUCUGACAUCCCAUCAAAAGAUAGUGGACCUGCCACCUGUUCUCGUCUGCUGCAUCAUGGCUAA